UAGGUAUCGCAGAAUCUGCUCCUAUCGUAAACCUGCUAAGAACCUGCUCCCUAUCCUAAACCUGGACUCCGCCGCCGCAAGUAUCGUAGAAUCUGCUACUAGGUCGCCGCUCUCUGCUCUCCCUAAUGGUUGCUCCUCCCCCUUCCAUGGUCGAGGACACCGCUCUUCGCUCUCCGAUGCCGGUGCCGGAGAAGCUCGCCGAUGCCCCCGCUGCCGCGCCAGCCAAGAAGAAGCCAUCGUCUUCCUCCAAUGACAAGAAGAGGAAGGGGAAGGGUCCGCCAGACCUAGCUCUGGCUGCCGAGGCUCCCGUCACCAAGAGGAAGGGGAAGGGGCUGUCGCACCCUGUUUCGACCUCCGAGAUCCCCAUCGCCAAGAUACCGAAGACUGGCGAUGUGCCCACAUCCACAACUGAGCUCCCUAGAUCUGGCAUAGCCAUCGCCGCCACUCACACAACAGUGCAAACCCUUGUCACGGGUUGCCGGCCUCGAGGUCCACGCUGCCCCUGCUCCAAGAUGUGGACGCUGACGGCCAGACGUCACAGCAGUGACUAUAGACGUAUGUUGCAAGUGUAUGAUCCGAAUGUUUGGUCUGCACCAUAUGUAUGUUACAAGUGUUUUUAUGUGGGUGUUGUAUAUGUUGCAAUAACUAUACACAUAUGUUGCAAUUGUUGUAUAUGUAUGUUGCAAUAAUAUGUUUCCAAUGUUUCAGCUAUUUUA